AUGUCAGCUCGUUCCACGGGGCCUCGAAAUCCCAUCGCGCCCCAUGUGACCGUUGCCGUUCUGCCGCCGAAGAAGCCGCGCCGUGGUAUUCAGGUCCACCAGCCCCGAAAGGAUGCUACACCGGACGCUUCCGCAAGCUUUAUCUCAAUCGAUGAACACCCAGUUCAACUGAAGCAAACAGAAGGGCUGGCCGCUUUUCCUUCAGGGGAAAUUUCAUCAGAAGACCCUCUGGAGUGGUUCACGAAAGAUGUCGAACAAUGCUAUCUGCGAUGUACCUACAAGUGGAGUUUCCACCACAAGCCAAGGCUCUUGCAGCAAAUCAGGGAUGGGACAAUUGAUUCUGCAGUGGCCUGGGCCAUCCUUACACUUGCUUCCAGGUAUUCCCCCACGCCGCCGUGCUUUGGCUCUCCUCUCGAAGCUAGCAAUUUCUUCGCACAGCGAGCAUCACGUGCUAUACAACUCCGCAUUACUUCACCAAGUCUUCCCCAGGUGCAAGCUCUUUUGCUAUUGACGGGACACAAGUGGGGAGCGGGUGACGGAAAGAGCGCAUGGAUCUACCUCGGAAUAGCAGUACGCAUGGUUCAGAUGAUGGGCCUUUGUUCAGAAUCAUCGAACGACUCCAAUGAUGGAUCUGCCUCAGAAAGUUUCAUUCUGGCCGAAGAACGCCGGCGCACUGCUUGGACAUGCUUCCUCAUGGAAAGCCUUCUCAGCGGCGGUGGCAGUCGGGCUCGUAUUCUCACAUCUGAAGACAUGACGAUCCAGCUUCCAUGUGAAGACGAGCCAUUCGUAUUUGGGAACCCUGUGCGAUGCGAACGGUUAAGCAACAGAUUUGAACCGCAAAGGCCACCCAACACACUAUCAAAUCUGUCUAUUCUUGCUUAUACAGUCAGAGUCGCAGAUAUAUGGGGUGACGUGGCGAAAUGGGCAUCGUGCGGCGACGAAUCCGUCAAAGAAAGCCUAGGAUGUUGGGAGUCAAGGGCGCACAGCCUUGUCUCGUCACUCCAUCAUUGGAAAUCGACAUUGCCGGACCGGCUAAAGUACAGUUUGUUCUCACUUCAAGCUCACAGCGUGCUUGAACAAGGCCAGGGCUUCUGUUACAUGCACUGCAUAUAUUUCAUGGCCAUCAUAUUCCUCCACCGCCACUACCUGCCACAUUUGGGACUUUCAAAGGGCCAGAGACCUCCGAAUCGCUCGGACGAGGAAGCGUUUCUGGACUGGGCGAGCCGCUCAUCCCAGACCCUCUACGACACCGCAUCCACCGUGUGUGAUAUGUGCGAGGAGAUAAACCGCUUCGGUGCAGAUUUCCGGAGAGGGCUGGUUCCUUGGAUUGGUUUCACCGUGUACACAACCAUUGGCGUUAUGCUCUAUUUUCAAUCCUUUCCGCUCGAGCCGACCAUGGAGUUUGCCACCAAGACCAGGCACAGGCUUCAUAGUGCAUACUUGCUUCUAAAGGAAAUGAAAAACGAAUGGCCCAUGGCAAGCCGAUGGCUCGAAAACAUCUAUUCCCUGCAAAAGUAUCACGCCUCCCGGCUGCAAAAGAAUAACCUGUCAGCAGAAGAGCUCCGAAGCUUCCGAAAACUGAUGGUCGAUUAUGGCGCCCUGCACGACACCCCCGUCUCUGACCCGACGAUCAUGUCCGUUCGUUCCACAGGAACCACGCCAGACACAAAUUCAGAACCAGGCGCUUGCCGGGACCUGGAGCCCAGACAAAAACAACAUUACUCACAGCUACAAGAUACACCUGACUCGGCGAGGACCGAGCCAGCCAGUGACUCGUCACUGGGCGACGUGCUGAACAUCCUGGGCGAUUUUGAUGGCGUCGACUACCUCGUGUCCGAGGAAGAGAUGGCGGGGAUUUUCCAAGAGUUCUGGACCUUGUUUCCUGGCGAGGUUGGCGCGGAUAUGAUGGCUUUCCAGGGACCGUUCGCACGACUCGCUGGCGCGUGA